AUGCCUGGCGCAGUUCCAAUCUUUGGGCAUCUUCUAAAGCUCGGCGAAGACCAUGCGAGCACUUGCGAGAAUUGGUGGCGGAAAGGGAAUCCAUCUACUUUCCAAAUCAAGUUGGGAAACACGAGAGCAGUGGUUUUUAACUCAUAUGAAGACAUCCGGCGUCUCCUCAUCGGCCACCAGAAUGCAGUUGUUGACCGGCCGAAACUGUACACCUUCCACGGCCUCAUCAGCAGCACGCAGGGCUUCACCAUCGGAUCGUCGCCCUGGGACGACUCAUGCCGCCGAAAACGCAAGGCCGCGGGCACGGCUCUCGGAAGACCCGCCCUUCGGAGUUACUAUCCAAUGUUCGAUCUCGAGAGCUAUUGCAUCCUCCGAGACCUGCACAAGGACAGUCGGAACGGUGAGGUGGAGAUCAGCGUACGACCGUAUAUCCAGCGUUAUGCGUUGAACACCACGCUGACGCUCUGCUACGGCAUCCGAAUGGACGCCGUCUACGAUGACUUGCUACGCGAGAUUCUGCACGUGGGUUCGGCAAUUUCGCUCCUGCGUAGUGCUUCCGAGAACACCCAAGACUACGUCCCCAUCAUGCGGUACUUUCCAAACAAUGAGAAGAGCCGUCGUUCCAAAGAUCUCAGGGAGCGCCGUGACGCGUACUUGAAUCUGCUUCUUGAUAAAGUCCGAGAGCAGAUCAAGCGUGGUACUGAUAAGCCCUGUAUCUCAGCAGCAAUCUUAAAGAAUGAGGAAACCAAGCUCAGCGGAGUCGAAGUCUCGUCAAUCUGCCUGUCACUUGUGUCCGGAGGAUUCGAGACGAUACCGGGGACUCUCACCUCGACCAUCGGAUCCCUUGCCACAAAGGAGGGGCAAGCCUGGCAGGACCGGGCUUACGAAGAUAUCAAGCGUUACUACCCAGACGUGCGCGAAGCGUGGGCUUCUUGUUAUGUAGAAGAGAAAAUUCCCUACAUCAACGCUAUCAUCAGGGAAGCUGGAAGGUACUACACAGUCAGUUCCAUGAGUCUUCCCCGAAAGACUGUGACCGAAGUAAACUGGAACGGGGCCAUCAUACCCCCCAAGACAAUGAUCUUGGUCAACGCACAAGCCGGAAAUCAUGAUGUCGGGCAUUUUGGCGAUGAUGCCGGUCAUUUCGAUCCCGAGCGGUGGCUCGAAACUCUUGACCCCCCUACAGAAAAGGAAGUUUCAGGCGUCGGUCACCUCAGCUUUGGACUCGGAUCCCGCGGCUGCUCCGGGCAGUACAUUGCACAGCGUCUACUAUACGCGGCUUUGGUGCGACUGCUAUCUUCGUACAAGAUUGUUGCGAGCGAAGAAGAACCUCCGAACACGGACUAUGUCGAGUAUAAUCAGUUCAAGACGGCUUUGGUGGCGAUCCCCAAGGACUUUAAGGUAAAGCUCAUCCCCAGAGACAUCUCUGUGACCAGUGAUUGCUUGAGAACUGCGGAGGAGAGGACUAGAGAGUACUAUGUCGAAUAA